UCUCUCUCUCUCUAAGGUUUUAACCCCUCUCUCUUCCAUCAAUUCUCUCUCUCUCCUCCACGUAGACGUAUUCAAGCUUCUCUGCCUGCAUCCAUGGCGUCUCUCUUCGCAAAGCUCAAUUUCACACCCAUCUCCCACUCCUCUGCCCCCACCCCAACUCGCUUCCUUCUCCAUUCCUCAAUUCACCCCAAAACUCGAACCCCAUUCGCCUCCAUCCUCUGCUCCUCCGUCACUCGCCCAAACUACAUCCCCAACCGCAUCCCCGACCCCCGCUACGUCCGCAUCUUCGACACCACCCUCCGCGACGGCGAACAGUCCCCCGGCGCCACCAUGACCAGCAAAGAGAAGCUCGACAUCGCCCGCCAGCUCUCCAAGCUCGGUGUCGACAUCAUCGAGGCCGGUUUUCCUGCCUCCUCCAAAGACGACCUCCAGGCCGUCAAAGUCAUUGCUCAGGAGGUUGGUAAUGCUGUGGAUGAGAAUGGGUAUGUGCCUGUGAUUUGUGGUCUCGCGAGGUGUAAUAAGAGGGAUAUUGAUGCGGCUUGGGAGGCUGUGAAGUACGCCAAGAGGCCGAGGAUUCAUACUUUUAUCGCCACGAGCGAAAUUCACAUGGAGUUUAAGCUGAAGAUGACGAGGGAAGAGGUGAUCGAGACGGCGCGGAGUAUGGUGAGCUAUGCGAGGAGUUUGGGUUGUGAAGAUGUGGAGUUCAGUCCAGAAGACGCUGGAAGGUCGGUUUUUGAUCAUUGAUGAACUCAAUUGUUUGGCUUGGUUCAUUAUAGUUUAAUUGAUUUUAUGAAAGCAUAGUGGCUUUACAAUCUAUUUGAUUUUAUAG